CGGAGCCAGGCGCUGGCAUAGGGGAACCUGUAACUAUGGAAACCGUAUGUCCUGGGAAAAUCGAUAGUCUGCGCUGAUCGAAACCUGAGUCAAAAUCAUUUCAUCUUCUCUAUUCUAUAUCAGCUACUUGGUUCAUGAGUCUGUCACGACAGAAGAGGGUCAUCAAAAGAACCCCAUUAAUGAACCCUGCCACCAUAGGACGAUCCUGUGACGUAGGAUCCAUCAUUCUGUCCAUUUUACAGAAGAAGAAACGGAACUCAAGAGAACUUAACGUGUCUAAAGUUCAACGGCUAGUAAAUGCAAGCGUUGAGGGACUCCUCGGAGAAGAUGCCGAAGGCCAAGUCCGCAGCGAGUAGCCGCCGGCGGGAUCGUCAGGAGCAGCGGGGGGAGCUGAAGCGAGCUGGAGGACUCAUGUUCAACACAGGGAUCGGACAGCACAUUUUGAAAAAUCCUCUAAUUGUUAACAGCAUCAUCGAUAAGGCCGCUUUAAGACCCACUGAUGUGGUGCUGGAAGUUGGGCCUGGGACUGGCAACAUGACGGUCAAGCUGUUAGAAAAAGCCAAAAAGGUAGUUGCCUGUGAACUUGAUCCAAGGCUAGUAGCUGAACUUCACAAAAGAGUUCAGGGCACGCCUCUGGCCAGCAAACUCCAGGUCCUGGUCGGAGAUGUGUUGAAGUCGGAUUUGCCAUUCUUUGAUGCUUGUGUGGCAAACUUGCCUUAUCAGAUCUCCUCUCCCUUUGUCUUCAAGUUGCUGCUCCACCGGCCAUUUUUCAGAUGUGCUAUACUUAUGUUUCAAAGAGAGUUUGCUCUUCGUUUGGUUGCAAAGCCUGGAGAUAAAUUAUACUGUAGACUCUCCAUCAAUACACAGCUUUUAGCACGUGUGGACCACCUAAUGAAGGUGGGGAAGAAUAAUUUCAGACCACCCCCCAAGGUGGAGUCCAGCGUGGUAAGGAUAGAACCGAAGAAUCCACCACCACCAAUCAAUUUUCAGGAAUGGGAUGGCUUAGUAAGAAUCACUUUUGUUCGAAAAAACAAGACACUGUCUGCUGCAUUCAAAUCAAGUGCGGUCCAACAGCUAUUGGAAAAAAACUACAGAAUUCACUGUUCAGUACAGAAUACUGUAAUACCAGAAGAUUUCAGUAUAGCCGAUAAAAUACAGCAGAUCCUAACCAACACAGGUUUUAGUGACAAACGGGCACGUUCCAUGGACAUAGAUGAUUUUAUCAGGUUGCUACACGGAUUUAAUGCAGAAGGUAUCCACUUCUCCUAGCCAUCUGAAAACUAUUUUUUCAAGACCAAGAAAAAAAUGAAGUUACACAAUCCUAAUAUUUGAGAAUACCACUGAUUUUGUUCUAUAGGACAUCAUUUACUUUUUAAAUUAUUUAAUAAUAACUUUUAUACCAUUGAUUAUCCUGUAUGUGAAAGGUGGUUGUUUUUUUUUUAUAAAUAUAUAUUUUCUCUAGUGUUUUAAAUAUACUGCAAAGGGCAGGGUUCAAUAUAAUGGUCUUCAAGUUUGAAAGUCGCGGACAUGCACAACCAUAUACUUAAGCUUUGUAACGAUUUAUUGUAUGAAGACAUUACUUUUAUUCACCAUGUUUUAGACCGUGAGGCUCACUGAGGCCUACAGCUCACUCAACUAGUCAAAAAGCUGUCGUCCUCCUCAUUCACAUACUGUAAGGAGCUUAAGGUGGCUUCUCUUCACACCAUUCCUAUGUGUUAAUGCUUGCCUGCUGCAUCACGAACAACACAAUUCUGGGAGCUAGAGUCUGCUGCACUGACAGGGCAGGCAUGUUCUGCAUAUGACAAUACCUGUGAAAUGCAGAAGCGGAGAAAAAACCAACUCCUGUGUGGUAAAUCACAUUUUCUUAAGGGAGACAGGAUCUACAAUUUCAAAUUUAGAGGAAUUCUGGAAGGUUUUGUCAAUCAAACAGCUUGUAUAAUAAUUUAUUUAAUUCCUUUAUCGAAUGAGAGCUUUUUCUUUUUUUUUUUUUUUUGGAGCUGGGGACCGAACCCAGGGCCUUGCGCUUGCCAGGCAAGCACUCUACCUCUGAGCUAAAUCCCCAACCUCUAAGAGGUCUUUUUGAGGUCAACUCUAAUCUCAGAAUCUUGCCUCAGCCCCCUAAAUAAAUUCUGGGUUGCACUUGUACAUUGCAAAGUAAGUUUUCCAGUUUCAGCUUUUUAAAAGAACAGACUACAACUACAGGCUCCUGGUUCCCUGACUUCUAGAUAACUAAAGUUCCACUACCUAGUGUUUCUUUUUAAGCUACUUAAAAUUCGUCAGAAGAUAAAUGCUGUUCAUAUAUUUUAAUAAAUUAGCUGUUUUAUUUAUAUAAGGAAACUAGCUUCAUUGGAUAUUUGGCUCUCUUUAUACCUAAAACUUAAAAGGAAUAUGUCCAAUUAGUUUAGAAAGAUUGCUAAGUAAACUUAAGAAUACAAAUAGUUUGCCUACAGUUUUUCCUCCAAAAUUCAGCUUCAAAGUCAUAGUGAACACUUAUGUUAGCUAUGAAUAGUUAGCAGCCUUUAAGUUUGAGAAGUUUCUAAAGAAUAAUGUACAACAGAAAAAUUUCACUUAGCUGCAGAAGCAGCUUUUGUCACAUGAGUAGUAACUGUCCUUGAAGUGCAUGUUUAUCGUCAGCGUCGAACAACAGCUUUGCAGAGUUAGCUCUUACCACUUCUACCUUAGGGAGACGUUUCUGCUUGGCCAGGCUUUCUCAGCUAGUUUUCUGCUGACUAAAGCUUCCCUCUGUAAAGCUGAGGCUCAUCUUACCUCCCAGAAUGUUUACUGACUACAGAUCAGGACGGAGCCAAUAAGGCAACAUAUCCCUAUUAGGACCUUCAAAGACAAUGCCUGUCCAAUGCCAAUAACAUUAAACUAUUUUGCAAGUUAUAA